CCCGGGAGGGUUCACACUCUCUCUCUCUCUCCCCCCCCACCCCACCCCCCCUCCCCUCAACCCCACCCUCCCUCGACAGAGAGGGAGGGCCCGGAGGUGGAGGAGGAGGAGACCUCCCUCCCGCCCGCCUCUGUGUGUGUGUGUGUCUGAGCCUGCACCGGGAGAGGGAGAUCCGCCGGGGAGAGGAGCUCGGCCUCAGGGAGACGGGGAGGGCGACAUGGCAGCCAACAUGUACAGAGUGGGAGAUUAUGUUUACUUUGAAAACUCCUCCAGUAAUCCAUACCUUAUCCGAAGGAUAGAGGAACUGAACAAGCAGACCGGCAGUGGCAACGUAGAAGCUAAGGUUGUGUGUCUGUAUCGGAGAAGAGACAUUUCCAGCAACCUCAAUGGGCUUGCAGACAACCAUGCACAGUACCGUGUUCUGGGCACUACACUUGAGGAAGGAAAUAUUGACCUUGGAAUGGGUGCAGUGCAGAUUCACCAAAACGAAGGAGAGUUUGAAGAAGACUCGAAGCAGCCAGCUCUGGUGGAUCAGGAACGGCACCAACUUAAGCACAGAGAGCUCUUCCUGUCACGCCAGUUUGAGUCCCUCCCUGCCACACACAUCAGAGGGAAAUGCAACGUGGCUUUGCUGAAUGAGACUGAGCAGCUGAGCGAGUACCUGGAUAGAGAGGAUUGUUUCUACUACUCAUUGGUGUUCGACCCCUUGCAGAAGACACUGAUAGCUGACCAAGGGGAGAUUAGAGUUGGGCCCAAGUACCAGGCUGACAUCCCAGACAAACUGGCAGAAGGUGAAUCAGAUAAUAGGAACCAGCUGAAAAUGGAAACAAAAGUAUGGGACCCAGAUAAUCCACUGACUGAUCGGCAAAUUGACCAGUUUCUGGUCGUGGCUCGAGCGGUGGGAACAUUUGCCCGUGCUUUAGACUGCAGCAGCUCAAUCAGGCAGCCCAGCUUACACAUGAGUGCAGCUGCAGCAUCCAGGGACAUCACACUGUUCCAUGCCAUGGAUACGCUACAACGUAACUGCUACGAUCUUGCCAAAGCAAUGUCAACUUUAGUACCACAAGGAGGGCCUGUAUUGUGUCGGGAUGAGAUGGAGGAGUGGUCAUCGUCUGAAGCUAUGCUUUUUGAGGAGGCGCUAGAAAAAUAUGGCAAGGAUUUCACAGACAUUAGACAAGACUUUUUACCCUGGAAAUCGUUGGCCAGUAUAGUCCAAUUUUAUUACAUGUGGAAGACCACAGACCGAUACAUCCAACAGAAAAGGUUGAAAGUAGCUGAAGCUGACAGCAAACUGAAGCAGGUCUACAUUCCUACCUAUACGAAGCCCAACCCUAAUCAGAUUGUAUGCGUUGGGACAAAAGGGGGAAUGAUGAACGGAGCUACGGGAUACCAGAAAUCUGCAGCUGGCCUAACUUGCGAGAGCUGUCACACCACACAGUCUCCACAGUGGUAUGCCUGGGGACCACCCAACAUGCAGUGUCGGCUAUGUGCAUCCUGUUGGAUCUACUGGAAGAAGUAUGGUGGCCUAAAGACGCCAACAGCACUUGAUGGGGAAAAGUCACGACCUCCUUCAGAGCCCAGAUCGAAGGGGUCGUAUGGCCGCCAGGAUCCUCAGGGUUUGCUGUCGUAUAACAGCUCCAAACUCCUGGCCAAGAACCGGCAGACAUUCCUCCUCCAGACAACCAAGUUGACCCGUGUUGCUCGGCGACUCUGCGAUGAUAUCCUCCGGCCGAGGAGGGCAGCAAGACGCCCUUAUAUCCCUGUCAACAUCGGAGCCAUCAAGACUGAAUGUGCUGUCAGACUUCCAAAAGCAGCAAUAAAACCACUCAGGAUCCGGCCUGUGGCACGGCCUACAUUAGCUAAUAUCAUGAAGGAGUUGGGCGAAUUGGCGGCACGUGGUCCAGUGAAGCCAAGGAUUCUAAAAGGGAGUGAGACAAACCGAAGCAUCCUAAACAUUAACCGUGGAAUGCUGCCCCUGCUGGGGAAACGCACCUUCAGCAAACAAAACGGAGUGGAAAGACCACCAAGUCCCAUCCACAUAAGACAGGUGACGGCUAGCCCCCAUUCAGCCAGUGGCAGACCCUUUUCUGCUGGGGUGAAGACAGAGCGAGGUGGCACUGAGCCAGCGUUUAAACGGCAGAAAUUGAACCCUGGAGAUGCCCCUGACCCGAUUGUCUUCGUGGCAACAGACCAUACCAGGAUGAUUCGGAAAGCUUUGAGUCAAUCGGAGAUGCGGAGAGCUGCACGAAGACCUUCUGUGCAAGUUAAAGUGAAACUCAUGGGUUCAUCACGCUCAGCUGGCCUAGGGGAGCCCAUCAUCCUGGAGGACUGAUCAUACUGGUCUGACAUGUCUAGGCACAAGCACACACACACACACACACACACACACCUGUCGAGAUACAUGCACAGGCACACUCACAGACCUGUCCGAGACACUGCACAGACCCUGCUGAACACCUGCACACAGACCUAUAUAUGCACACUGACCUUCCUGGACACACACACACCUGUCUGGGGACACAGACACAUGAGCAUACAGGCUUGUCUGGGGGUGGCAUGCACAGACAUAUGUGUCCACACACAUACAAGCAUGCAAAUGUGAACAUGCACACACAUUUAAACACAGACACAAAUAACCCACUCAUGGACACACACAAACACGCAGCUCCUUCUCAAAUGUUCAGGGAAUUCACAAAAACAGAAAGGAUUCUCAUCACUUCCCCACCCAUUCGCCCCAAGCCUUCCCUUUCUGUUUCUGACUGGACUGUGGCCCUGCACUCUCCACCUGCUCCACCAGUCAUGUGCAUCCCCGAGAAACGCAGUGUGUAGAGCAAUGUAUAUAAAUCCAACUGCUUCAUUCCAAGCUUCCGUUUCAAUUUUAUUGUCUCUCCCCACUCCCUCUCCCAUUCCCACUCCCACGAGGGUAUAAUUGUGAACCUGAAUAAUGAAUUUCUCGAUGAUCAUGUUUUGGGAAAAACUUGUACUGACUUUUUUUUAAAAAUACUGAGCUGAAAGAUAGAGUUGCCCAGUUUGAUAUCGGGAUUAUUGAUAUACGGUGAUAAUAUUUUGUGUGCUUUUUUUAUUUUUCUUGCUGCUUUUUAAACUAGUGCUCGCCCAGAUUACCCAAGGAAGUCUUUCUUCCCCACGUUUGGUUAGGCAGCGGACAGUUCCAGGGUGUUUUGUUUUGUUCUUUGGGCUGCGCAGUCCGGAAAUUUUUAAAGAGGUGCAACCGGACACAGAGACCUUUCUUUUGUAUAAAAAAAAUUAAAGUUGUUUUUUUCCACUCUA